AUGGAGGCGAGAGUGGAGAUAAAGGUGCGAAUGCAAUGCGAAUGCACAGGGUGCGAUAGAAAGGUGGAGAAAAUGAAGAAAUCAGUGCAAGGCAUGGAGGGUGUGGCGCAGGUGCAAGUGGAUCGAGAGGAGCAAGGCAACUGCAAGCUCACUGUCAUUGGCCGCGUCGAUCCAAACCAUGUUUUGAAGGCUCUGAGACGCCUCACGCACAAGAAGGUUGAACUGUUGCCAGUGCCCCAAGUCCAAGACGACGUCGUUCCGCAACCGAGCCAACCCGAACCCGUGAACGUCCACAACGUGCUGCGUCAUGAUCACGACGAUCAAGAAGCUUCGAUGCUUCCACGUGCGAACUUCUUAGGCGACCCGAAUUACACCACUGCCUUCAGCGAGGAUAGUCCAAAUGCUUGUCCUAUUAUGUGA